AUGGGAUCAUCUUUUUGUUUCCAACCAUCUUAAAAAUCAAGAGAUGAACUGAAAUUAAUAACUAACAAACAAUAUAAAUUAAAUGGACCUCCUCAUUUAUUCAAACCAACUCCUAUAGUAAAUAUUUCGAUAUUCGAUGAACAAAUUGAGAAAGAGGAAUCACCAUAAAUUGAAAUUUUAGAAUAACCAAACAAUGCAUCAAAUGAUUAAUAAUUUUCUUAUAUCGCUGAAUAAUCAGAAGAAAUUGAUAGCUCUUAAUAAAAUCCUUGGAUAAAAAAAACUUAUGCUAUUGAAACUAUUAAUGUAUCUAAUUUUAAAAAUGAUGAAAAUAAUAAUAAUAAAAACAAUAUUUCUUAAUAAACAAAUUUUCAUAAAGAACAUAAUAUAUAGAUAAUAGGGAAAACUAAAAACAUGAAAGAAGUUUCAAUUAUUUCUAUCUAAUAGGGAUCAAAUACAAAUGUAACUUAUGACAAAUAAUAAUUAAAAAAUAAGACCCAAAAUAAGAAUAAAUGA